AUGAUUCAAGAUUCACCCAAGAACAGAAAAAUGAGUGCUAGCAGGGUUACUCUCUCGGUGGCAAUUGCUGUGUACCUUUCAUUCAAUUCCAACCGUGUUUAUCUUGUUGACUUCAUGUGCUACAAGGCACCAAACACUCUCCGAGUUCCCCUCUCCUCCUUGAUAGAACUUGUAGAAAGAUGGGGUAAGUUUGACAGCAAAACAAUCGAGUUUCAAACCAAAAUCAGUGAAAGAUCGGGUAUUGGCAACGAAACCUACUUGCCCACGGGAGUCCACCAAUUUCCAUGUGAUCUUUCCUUGAGUUCUACUAUUGAAGAAGUGGAAAUGGUGCUAUUCACAAUAGUCCAAGACCUAUUCACCAAGCACAGGAUUGAUCCGAAAAGCGUUGACAUUAUCAUCACAAAUUGCAGUCUUGUAUGCCCCACUCCAUCUUUAGCCACGAUGAUCAAUAAAUUUGGAUUUAGAAGCAAUAUAAGGAGCUUCAAUCUUUCUGGGAUGGGCUGCAGUGCUGGCCUCUUGUCAAUUUCGCUAGCUCGAGACCUCCUCGGAGCGCAAAACAACUCUUUGGCUCUAGUCCUCAGCGUGGAAUCAGUGAGUUCCAACAUGUACCAUGGACAAGUCAACUCUAUGCUACUGGCAAACUCCUUGUUUCGAAUGGGAGGUGCUGCGAUCUUGCUAUCAAAUCGCAAAAGUGACAGACAGAUUGCUAAAUAUGAACUCCAACAUCUGGUUAGGACUCAUCUUGGAUCUAAGGAUAAUUCAUACAAUUGUGUUGUUCAGGAAGCAGAUGAUGAAGGGUACACCGGAGUAUCAUUGUUGAGAUCGAUCCCGCAAGUAGCCGGAGAAGCACUGAAAACUAACAUGACAACAUUAGCUGCGCUUGUGCUGCCUUACUCUGAGCUAAUCCAAUAUGGUCUAUCAAUUAUGUGGAAGAAAGUUUGGCCUCCUGCAAAGAAGAGAGGCUCCUACAUUCCAGACUUCAAGAAGGCUUUUGAUCACUUUUGCAUUCAUGCUGGUGGCAGAGCUGUGAUUGGAGCUAUAAAGGAGUUCCUUAAGUUGAAAGAUAGGGAUGUGGAGGCAUCAAAAAUGACACUUUAUAGGUUUGGGAACACAUCUUCUUCAUCAACUUGGUACUCACUGAGCUAUCUUGAAGCAAAAGGUAGGGUUAGACAGGGUGACAGGGUUUGGCAACUGGCAUUUGGGAGUGGAUUUAAAUGUAAUAGUGCAGUUUGGAAGUGCAUUUCCAAGAUCAAACCAGAUAAUUUGAAUGUUUGGUCAGACAGGAUCGACCAAUAUCCAGUGGAAGUGCCAGCGGUAAUGGAUCAUUGAUGUGAGUUCAACAUGAUCGACAGAGCUCAAGAGGAUCAAUAAACUUGUAAAUUUGUACUGGAAGCUUGUUAAAUAAAUAUAAAUUUCUGGAAACUACAAUUUCACAUGGAUAGCAACUCGUAAUCCAUGAACUAACAAAAUCAGCAUGGUUUCUUUCUCA